AUGACAUUACCUAAAGACUUUGACGUGGAUGAAGUGUUGAAUGAGCUUUCUUUAGCCGAAAAAAUUGGCUUAUUGAGUGGUAUUGAUUUUUGGCAUACUUUUCCCGUUCAUCGACUUGGUUUACCAAGCAUAAGGCUAAGUGAUGGGCCUAAUGGGGUUAGAGGUACCAAGUUUUUCAACGGUGUUCCAUCUGCAUGUUUCCCUUGUGGAACGGCGUUAGCAUCUACCUUCAACAAGUCAUUGUUGAAUGAUGUUGGCCAUGUAAUGGCUGAUGAAGCUAGACAUAAGGGUGCGCAUGUUAUACUAGGUCCAACCACCAAUAUGCAAAGGGGAGUUCUAGGGGGACGUGGUUUUGAAUCAUUUAGUGAAGAUCCAUAUCUUGCUGGUUUGGCAUCUGCGUCUAUUAUUAGUGGCAUUCAAGAUAAGGGCAUAGCUGCAACUAUCAAGCAUUUUGUUGGCAAUGAUUUGGAGCAUGAAAGAAGUUCAAGUGACUCCGUUAUUAGUGAAAGGGCACUACGUGAGAUUUACUUAGAACCAUUCCGUUUGGCGAUUAAACAUGCAUCUCCGGUGGCAUUAAUGACUGCCUAUAACAAAGUAAAUGGAGUUCACGCUUCUCAGAACAAAAAGCUUUUGCAAGAUGUCCUCAGGGAUGAAUGGAAAUAUGAUGGGACGAUCAUGUCAGAUUGGUUUGGUACUUAUACAUCAAAAGACGCGAUUGAGAAUGGAUUAGAUCUAGAAAUGCCUGGUCCUACGCUCUUUAGAAGGACAGAUGAAAUAGCCCAUAUGAUUCUGAGUAAAGAAUUACACUCCAAACAUCUCAAUAGUCGUGUUAAGAAUGUUUUGAAAUUGUUGAAAUAUACUUCUGGAUCAAACAUAUUGGAAAACGCCAAAGAGGAUACGCUUAAUGAUACUUCCAAAACAAGAAAGUUUUUAAGAACUGUCGCAGCUGAGUCAAUCGUACUUCUAAAAAACGAAGACAACAUAUUGCCCUUACGUCAAAACGAAAAGAUAGCGGUGAUUGGUCCCAAUGCGAAACAAGCAAUUUAUUGUGGGGGUGGAUCGGCUGCUUUAGUUCCUUAUUCUACGGUGACACCUUUUGAGGGCAUCGUUAAUAAACUUGGGACAUUGCCACGGUAUACUGUAGGUGCUUACGGCCAUAAAGCCCUUCCAGGUGCUUCAGAUUCGGUCAAAAAUCCAAUCACUGGUGAAAAGGGUUUCAAUUUAAUCUUUUAUCUUAACCCAAGCUCCGAAAGCGAUAGAUAUAAAGUCGAUGAAAUAAAUCUAAACCUGUCGAGGAUGUUUUUAGCAGACUACUAUAAUGAUAAAAUAAAAUCCAACUUAUACUAUGUCGACUUAUUUGGAGACUUCACCCCUGAGGAAACUGCCGAGUAUGAGUUUAGUUUAACUGUUUUAGGUACUGCUCAACUUUUCAUUGAUGAUAGAUUAGUUGUGGAUAAUAAAACCAAGCAGAAGAGCGGAGAGUCAUUUUUUGGGGGUGGAACUAUAGAAGUAAAGAACGUUGUCAAAUUACAAAAAGACCAUACUUAUUCCAUAAGGAUCGAAUUUGGAUCACUUCCCACAUUUACACUCAAGAACGAGAAUGUAAUCAACUUCGGUGGAGGCGGGGGAUUAUAUGUUGGGAUGGCGAAAGUAAUCGAUCCAGCUGAAGAAAGAGCUAAAGCAGUGGAAAUUGCCAGAUCUGUUGAUAAAGUUGUGUUAUGUAUUGGUUUGAAUAGUGAUUGGGAAUCUGAAGGAUUUGAUAGGUCCAAUAUGCGUUUACCAGGGCACACUGAUGAAUUGGUUUCAGCUAUACUUGACGUCAAUUCUAAUACUGUGAUUGUCAAUCAAUCAGGGACACCUGUUGAAUUUCCAUGGUUGUCUAAAGCAAAGAGUGUUGUUCAGGCUUGGUAUGGGGGAAACGAAACAGGAAAUGCCAUUGCGGAUGUAUUAUUCGGUGAUGUCAAUCCUUGUGGUAAAUUGUCUCUAACAUUUCCUUACAAAAAUGUCGACAACCCUACUUAUUUGAACUUUAAAACAGAAAGAGGAAAAGUUUUGUAUGGUGAAGGUAUAUAUAUUGGAUAUAGGUUCUAUGAGAAAUUAGACAGAGAAGUGGCUUUUCCUUUUGGACAUGGAUUAUCUUACACCACUUUUGCAUAUUCAGAUUUGAAAUUGGACAAAGAUGAGACAUCUGAUAGGCUAUUCAUCAAAAUGGCUGUUGCAAACACUGGUAAUAGAGAUGGAAGCGAAUGCGCACAAGUAUACAUAGCUUCAAACUCACUGUCGAUUUCUCGUCCCAUUAAGGAGUUGAAAGGGUUUGAAAAGAUCUUUUUACGAAGUAAAGAAAGCAAAACAAUUGAAUUUGAGUUAUCGUUGAAAGACUCGGUAUCAUUUUGGGAUGAAUAUCAAGAAGAGUGGUGCAUGGAAAUGGGCGAUUAUGAAAUCCAGAUCGGCUCUAGUAGUGAUAAGAUUGAACUCAAACAUCCUUUGCAGAUCCAAAGCACCAAAUUCUGGGUUGGAAUUUGA